CCCACCAGCGGGCUCCCAUCGUUCCCCUUUAAGCUCGGCGGUGACGCUGGGGGCGGACGUCACGGCCGUGGUGGCGGGGUUGCACAUCUGGCAGGUUGCAGGGCCGGCAGGUUGCACAUCUGGGCCGCACGGCGCCGCAUGGCUCCCCCCAGAGCUCUCCGCGACCUGACCUUGGCUUUGGGGGCCGCCGUGGUCGCGCUGGGCUCCCUCCUCUUCAUCGCCUGGAAGCUCUACUUCCGCGACACCGAGCUGGGAGCCAGCUGGGACAGCUGGUGGGAGCGGGAGGUGAAGGAGCUGCGGGACCGAGCCCCCCCCGGCAGCACGGUGGAGUGGAAGCAGGUGCUGGUGCUGGGGCUGGACGGAGCAGGGAAGAGCAGCGUCCUGCACUACAUCUGCAGCCAGACGGCCAGGAAACGCAUCCCCCCCACCCUGGGCUUCAACUCUGCCCAGCUGCAGGUCGAGGGGCUGGAGAUGGACCUGCUGGAGGUCGGUGGCAGCCAGAACCUGCGAGCGUACUGGUCCCAUUACCUGAGCGGGGCCCACGUGCUGGUCUUCGUGGUGGACUCCGUGGACAGGGAGCGCCUGCUGACGGCCCGCCAGGAGCUGCACGCGCUGCUGGCCCAGGAGCCCCGGCUGCCGCUGGUGGUGCUGGCCAACAAGCAGGAUAAGAGCGAUGCCCUGAGCACGGAGGAGCUGCGGGAGGAGCUGGCGCUGCAGGCGCUGGGCGGCCAGCGGGAGCUCUUCCUCCUGCCCACCAGCGCGACCUGGGCCAGCCUGAGCACGGCCACCAGCGUGCUGCACCUCAGGAGCCUGCUGGUCAGCCUGCUGUCCCAGUCCUGAGCCCAAACCGGCUCCUACUGGGACGUGCUGGGAGCUGCUGGAGCUGGGGCUCACCGGCAGGACCCACGGCACGCGCCCCGCGGGGUUUGGGGUUGAGCUGAUGUGCGGCUGCCCUCGGGGACACGAGCAGCAGGGGAGAGGGCAGCUGCCCCCCUAAAUCAAGGGGGAAGCCUCCUUUGGGAGGCAGCAGCAGCACCGUUACCUCCUGGUGAGCAGGGAACACAGCACGGGGCAGGGCCCUGCACCUACACGCAGCCCUGUGGGAUACUGGGGCUCAAAUACCGAGCUAGCUGCCCCGCAGGCUCCCCUAGGGCAGGCACAGAGCAGCGUAGCAGCCACCAGGAAGCUCUCGGGGGGCAGGAGCAAGUCCCUGGUCCCACUAUGAUAGCAACAAGAACCCAGGCAGCACGGCUCACACCACCCCUGGCCUCCCUGGAGCUGAUGUGGCUGAUGGAGCCCUAAACAAGGGGAGUAAAACACCCCCUGCUCGCAGCUUUCCCGUGCUGAUGAAGGCUGCGUGGGCUCUCCUGCCCAAAAAGCACACCUGUGGGAAUAACCAGCUUGGGCUGCACAGCAGCUCGCCCUUCCUCAACCUCUGUUUUAAAAUAAAGCCAUUUUUUAACGGCUGCUCCUUCCUCUUGCCAAUAAACGAGGCCGAUCUCUCUG